AUGUCGGCCACGUUCCUCACGUUGUUGGCCAUGGCCCUCGGAGUCGUAUCUGGUCCAACGUCGAUGCGCAGAUGCGAGCGCAUGAAGAACCUCGUGACUUUUGGCGACAGCUACACCGACGAGGGUCGCCUCAACUACUUCACGCAGCAUCAUGAGGCACCGCCGAUUGGGAAAAUGCUCCCUCCAAACAACAACACGUGGAGCGGUGGAUAUGCAUGGGGACGGCUCGUCGCCAACACCACGGGGGCAAACUACUACGACUACGCCGUUGCGGGUGCUCAGUGCACCAACAACGUCGACUCACGCAACCUGGCUGCAAUCAACGGCCCCUUUCCCUCUGUGUUGGAGUACGAAAUCCCUACUUUCGAGAAAGACAUUCACUAUCCCGGUCUCUAUCCGGAUAGGGAGGCGCACAACACCGUAUACGCGCUUUGGAUCGGCACCAAUGACUUGGGCAUUGACGGGAUCCUGGGAGACAAGCAGAAGCCAGGCACAACAAUCAGCACCUACGUGGACUGCAUCUGGAGUGUGUUUGACCACAUCUACAAGGCCGGGGGGCGACAAUUCGUCCUGCUCAACCAGGCACCCCUCGAGCGUUCACCAAUGUACGCCACGCCUGGGUCGGGCGGCCUCGGAAAUCACCAAUACUGGAGGGACAAGACCAAGUACAACGUCACAGAAUACGAGAACAAGAUUCGCGAGUACACGACCAGCGUGAACGCCAUGUACCACUACGGCGCCCCCUUCAACCUAGUAGUCAAGAAACGCUGGCCGGGAGCAAGCAUCAGCAUAUUCGAUGUGCACUCACUCAUGAUGGACGUCAUCAACGACCCUGGAGAGUAUCUUGACGCCCCGGCCGAUGUGGUCUCUCCCUACCGGACCUGCCUCGACGGCUGUGUUGAUUCCAAGAACCCCAGGUCGAGUUUCAUGUGGUACGACGAGUUACAUCCCGCAGAACGCAUGGAGGAGAUAUUCGCCAAGAACUUCAUUGAAGUGGUGCACGGCAGGUCGAAGUAUGCCACAUACUACACGGACGGCAGCCUGUCUCUUCUUGCUGUUUUGACAAGGUACGACAUGUGCAUAUGGCAGGAUGCAUAG